AUGCAAUUUCUUGCAUUAUAUGCUCCUUAUUUUCUCUUUGUUUUAUGCCUUCUUCAAGUUUCCCAUCCCACUAUAGCCCAAAAGAUCAACCAGUUUUCGAACUGUAACACUACUUUGAAUUACACUUCUGGGAGUCUUUAUGAGCAAAACCUAAACCUUACCCUCAGUUAUCUUGUUGCUAAUGCUUCUCUAACAGGAUUCUACACCACAAGUAUUGGUGAGAACAGUGAUGUGGUUUAUGGCCUUGUUCAGUGCAGGGGAGACCUCUCUAAAGUUGAUUGCCAUACUUGUGCAAAUACAGCUGCAACUGAGAUAAGGCAACUCUGUUUUAGCCAGAAGGAGGCUUCGGUUGGUUAUAUAAAUUGCUCGUUACAAUAUUCGGCUCAGCGUUUCUUCUCUACUUUUGACAGUUUUCCAGGAGUACAGUUACAUAACACCAAGACAGCAACUGAUCCUGCUCUUCUUAAACGCCAGUCAGGCAACUUGGUUAAGAACCUUUCAUCAGAAGCUGCUUCUACUCCUUCCAGAUUUGCUCUUGGGUUCACCAGUUACACAGAUUUUAAUGAUAUAUAUGGCAUGGCCCAGUGCACCCAAGACUUAGCAGAAAACACCUGCUUAACUUGCCUGCAAGAGAUUGCCAGCCAUGUUCCUGAGUGCUGUGAUGGAUAUGUUGGGGCUACACUAAUUUCUAAAAGUUGUUAUCUUCGGUACGAGACAUAUUCAUUUUUUCUGUCACCAAUAGCGCAUCAGCCACCUCCAGUGGUAUCUCCUCCAUCUCCUUCCUUGCUUGAGCCUAAGGCUGGACAUGCUGGUAAAUUCUUAGGAAAGAAGAGCAAUUCAAAAAUCAUCCUUAUCAUAGUAAUCCCACUAGCUUUAGCAUUGACUGUGAUAGCCACAGGCUGCGCUGGUUACUUAUUCUGGAAAAAGGCCAAGAGAAAUGGGGUUGAUGAUGUUCCUGAUUUACGUGAAGAUGGUAAUAAUAGCAUGGAUGCACUUUUGAUUGGACUAAGUACACUUAAAGUCGCAACCAACAAUUUCUCAGAAGCAUAUAAACUUGGAGAAGGUGGAUUCGGUCCAGUUUACAAGGGAACACUGCCCGAUGAACAAGAAAUAGCCGUGAAGAGGCUGUCACGUAGUUCAGAGCAAGGCCUAGCAGAACUAAAAACGGAAGUGAUGCUGGUUGCUAAGUUACUGCACCGGAAUCUGGUAAGACUGUUAGGCUUCUGCUUAGAAGAUGAAGAGAAGCUACUCGUCUAUGAAUACCUACCCAAUGGGAGCUUGGACAAGAUCUUGUUUGAUCAGAGGAGACCAUUUGGCUUAGAAUGGGAAGGAAGGUUCAAAAUUAUUGUUGGAAUUGCUAGAGGGCUACUUUAUCUGCAUGAAGAUUCUCAGCUUAGGAUUGUUCAUCGAGAUUUGAAAGCCAGCAACAUCCUGCUAGACGAAGAGAUGAAUCCCAAAAUAUCUGAUUUUGGUUUAGCCAAACUGUUUUGUGGUAGCCAAACUCAUGGCAAUACAAAUCGGAUUUCUGGUACUUUUGGAUACAUGGCACCGGAAUAUGCUAAAAAUGGGAAAUUUUCGACUAAAUCUGAUGCCUUUAGUUUUGGGGUUUUAGUUAUGGAAAUUAUUACAGGUCGAAAGAAUUCCAGCUUCCGCAAUUUCUCAAAUCUUCAGAGUUAUGCGUGGCAGCAUUGGGCCAAUGGAACAUCUUUGGAGUUAUUGGAUCCAAGAUUGGGUGACCAGUGGCCUAAAUAUGAAGUUCUGAAGUGCUUCCACAUUGGGUUAUUAUGCGUGCAAGAAGCUCCUGCUGAAAGACCUACCAUGUCUGAGGUUGUUAUGAUGCUCAAUAGUUACACCAUAAACUCCACCGUCCCGUCACAGCCAGCAUUUUAUGUCCGGCAAGAGAGCUCUGCAGACUCACAGCAGUCGGUGGCUCGCCUCGAAAGUUAUGGUGCAUUAGAACUUGAUCAGUUAGCAGAAGCAACUCUAACAGUCACUGAACUCUGUCCUCGCUAG